ACCAUCUCUCACAUCCUUUUUCUCUCUGUAAGGCAUCACAGCAAGACCAUGAAGGGAAACACAGUUUCAUUUUAUUCAGGAAAGGUUUAAGAAAAAAUUGAGAAGAGGACAAAGAAGAAGAAAAGAAAACGGAGGAAAGGAAUAAAAGGAAAGCAACAAACUUCCGCUGUUAAGGAUUCUUCAUUUUGUCUGGAAGCCUAACUAUGAAGCAGUGAGUUCCUGUUCUUAUCCUCUUCAACUCCUGACACCAUGUCACUCAGGGACAGAUCAAGCAGUGAACGCUCUGGCAGCCACCUCUGGAUGAUGCUGCUCCCCCUGCUCUGCUCUCUGCUCCUGGCACACGGCUCCUCUCAGAGCACAAAGGACUCACAGUCAACCGCUGCCACUAUGCUGCUGGAAGACUGGACGGGGAGUACAGUCCCACUGCAGCCAGACCUGCAGACUGUAGCCCAAACACCCACAGAGGAGUCGACAGAGUCACCCACAGAAGCUCAGACAGAGGCUCCAACAGAGAUGCAGACUCAGGUCUUCACCACCAACAACUAUACAGGCCUGUCCUGUGUCCCUGUCCUGCCACCUCGCCGGGGUUCCUUCUACGUGGAGAGUGGUACUGGCAUGUCGAUUGGCAGUGUGCUAGCCUUCUGGUGCAGAGAGGGAUACCAGCUGGUCGGCAGUGACAAAAUCUCCUGCUAUGUCAGAAGGGGAAAAGCCCAUUGGAGCAACUACCUGCCCGUCUGUGAAGCAAUCCCCAGACCGGAGGACAGAGGACUGAGAGUGGCGGUGUUAGCCUCAGUUGUGAGUGGCAUCGUCAUUUUUGCCAUGUCCUUGUCCUUCCUCGUCUGCUGCCUGCAGGAGCGGUCAAGUCGGGACCGUGCCAAGAAAGAGGGCCGCAGCAGACGCAGAGAGAAGCGAUCAGGUCGCCGCAGUGAGUGUUGGCUGGAGACAGAGGAAGGAGAGUGGGAAGCCUUCCCGCCACCAAAGAUCUUCCACCUGUCCCAAAGGAUGAACCCCCGCCUCGCUCCUGACAGUCCCCUCUACCUGACAGGAGGCCUCGGUGGAUACGAGAACAGAGGAUACCAACGGAGUCAGGAGAGUUUGCUGAAGACCUCCCUGCCUGGACUCUACCGUUCUGAGUCGCAGCUGUACCCACAUGUGGUCCUUCAGAGGGUCCCGACCCCUACCGCGCCCUCUGCUCCUUCCGCGCCGUCGGCCCCAAUGUAUCUCCACCUUCCUCCAUCUUCCUCUGGAGGAUCCUCCCCGGCGCACACCACUACCCAAAGCCAGCCACCGAUAAUGGCACAAUACCCAACACCAACAUAUCCGCCCAACCCCAACGCUGCUGUACCUGCCUACCCCCAUCCAACACCAGCACCCAUUUACCCCAACCCAAACCCGCCACCUCAGAGGCCAUGGCAGUAACUUCCAUCCUCUGAUUCUGUAGGUUGUUCAAGCUGGAUAUGCAGUGAGCUCAGAGAAAGAGGGGGACAGACUUGAGUUCUAGAGAAGACCUUCUACUCUUUCUUAUCCCCCUUUUCUCCCACAGAAGUCUGAAAAAACCCUGCUCCAUUGCAGAUAAGAAGGACAGGAGGCAAACGACAAAGCACUCCUUCUUACUGCAUGUUUGAUGCACUUUUCUGUGGCCAGAACUCAACCAGUCAAUGGUUUGUUUUCUUAGGUCUUGCAGAAAUAGAAGGUCCUCUUAGAAAACUGGUUUCUGCACCAUUUUGCAAGGAAUUCUAUGAAACCAGUGAACCUAGGGGCUUGGGUUGGGGAUAGAAUUUGUGCACUAAUCUAAAAUAUAUAAGAAACAUGCAACAGUAGGUGUGUUUGGGCAGCUCUAGGCCAUUUAAUUUAUUUUCAGCCUUUUCCAGGUGUUUCUGAUCUAAAAAAGAUCUUAAUGAAAGGAUAUAUUUACCUUUGAGAUUAGUUUCAUGAAUGCAGCUUUUCCUAAUAAAUUCUGGUACUUUCUAAACCAUUAGUGACUGAAAUGCUGCUGUUUUAAGUCCCUCUUGCACUGUUUGUUUAAACUAUAGAGAUGAUUCUCAGCUGACCUGCGACACCUAAACAAUUUGUAUUUGUGGUUUCUCUAUGUUAUCUGACUGACAGAUGUGAUCUGAUUUGCUUAGGGUAGAGCAGUUAAAGCUUUUGGUAGGACCAGGGUUUAAAAGAGUAACUCUUAAGCUGAUGAAAAUAAAAGUUUUAAAGGGAUCCAGGACUAAUUAAAGAUGCUGGCCUGAAUAUGUUUUCAUUUUCUUAUUAACCUACAAAUGUCCAUUUUAUGAUACAUCAAAACUCAUAUUUGCCUCAUAGAUGAUAUUGUUAUAUUUUUCACUCAUGGAGAUCACCAUUUGUUAACCUGCGCAAUGCAUGCUGGGUUAGUGAUGCAGUUAGGUCUAACUGCACUGAAACCUACAGAGUAAACGCAGGAAGGCUAACAUUAGCAGAGUUGUUUGAAUUUUGACACUGCAACAAGUGGCUGGCUCAAAGGCUACAUUCACACUGCAGCCUGAAGUGACCUAAAUCCUAUUUUUUGCCCAUAUACGACCUGGAUCUGAUCUUUUCAUGGCAGUCUGAACAACACAGAUCCAAUUUCUUCCAAUCCAACCCAGGCCACUUGGCUAUGUGGUCCUGAAUCCGAUAUGAAUCUGAUCUUUUCAAAUGCUUUUCAAACCUGUGUAUGAACGGCCAGAACGUCAUUUAUACCCGACAAAGGUCACUAUUCUGGGUCUUGCUAAGCAGAAGCGGCAAGAAAAACAACAACCAUGGCAGAUGAUGAUGCGGA